AUGGGUCAAGUGAGGAGCAGCCUUGCAAGUUUGAAAGUAAUGAUGGAUUUUCUUUGUCUGGUGCAUAGAAGGAGCUAUUCCACAUCUGAUGGGUAA